ACCUAUUCACCUCAAACACUAGCUAAGUACGCAGUUCCGAUCUGCAACUUCAUUCCAAACAAGCAUAUAUCAUACCCCAAAAGUUCUAUACAUAUCUAAUGGCGGCAACUAACGGAGGACAAUUCAAGGUCGGUACGAUGCCGGCGGUCAAUCCAUAUGGCCGGGCGGAUGAAGAGUUGGCCACGGUGGCUCAAAGGGAAGAGCGUCGCAAGAGACGUAUGAAAUGUUUCGCGUACGUUGCUGCUUUCGCGGUGUUCCAAACCGCGAUCAUCUUGAUCUUCGCUCUCGUUGUCAUGAAGGUAGAUGCUCCCAAGUUCCGGGUGAGAUCCGCCACGUUUGAUGAUUUCCAAGUUUCAACAUUGAACACAAAUGCUUCAUUCAACAUUAGGAUGAACGCGAAUCUCGCGAUCAAGAACAAGAACUUUGGCCGGUACAAGUACGAAGACAGCACCAUCGAGUUCUUCUAUCAAGACAUUAAAGUAGGGGAAGCUGCGAUCCCUAGCGGCAAGGCUAAGUUCCGGUCGACCAAGAAGUUCACCGUUCCAGUGGUUUUGUCAUCGGCUAGUGUGCCCGGGAAUGUGCUCGGUGAUGAGUUUUCUAGGCAUGCAUGGGUCCCGUUGACUAGCAGGUCAACGUUGAAAGGAAAAGUGAGGUUGAUGCUGAUCUUCAACAAGAAGAAGUCCACCAACAUGAAUUGUAUCAUGAACCUUAACAUCUCAUCAAAGCAGCUCCAGGAUUUGGUUUGCCAGUAAUUUAAUGAUCAACUUCAGAUUUUGUGUAUGACUAUGAUAUUUUCCUAGUGUUUGCGAAUUCUUUUAUUCAUUUUCUUGUUCAAGGGGGCAGCAAUAGUAGUAGGGCAUUCGUUUAUUAAUUAGGUCCCUGAUUUGGUAAUAAUCGAGUUUGUACUUUUUACAUUAUACAUUAAUAUUUUUAUGCAUUGCUUUCAUUACUACUAAUAUAUGUUUCCUUCUCGACUCCUCUUGUUUCCUCUGUGUUAAAAAAAAAUGCAAAAAAUUUGUCAUGCUAUAUGUCUUCGCUUAAAAAAUUAAACUGAUUUUAUAGGAUGGAAAGAAUAUAAAACUAAC